GGUGUCUCAAAAACUACGAGCCAUUAAGUACCCAAAAACCCCUCGCAAAACCCUAAAAAUCGCUGUCAAUGGGUCGCCGAAAGAACAACAACAGCAAUCAGAGCUCAGCUGGCUUCAGCCACUUGCCCCAAGGCUCCAAGAUUCGCUUCGCAGACAAGGAAGACGAAGACGAAGCUCUCAAAGACGCCUCCGGGAGCGCCAACCACGACGAGUCCAUGUGCGACCCCGAGCUUGACAAGGCCGUUGAUGACUCCAUGGGCGAGCCUGAGGUCUCUUUCAUCGCCGCCGAUGAUAAGACCAGCGCCGACUAUUACUUCGACUCCUACUCUCACUUCGGCAUCCAUGAAGAAAUGUUGAAGGAUGUAGUGAGGACUAAGACAUAUCAAAAUGUUAUUUAUCAGAACCAGUUUCUGUUUAAGGACAAGAUUGUUCUUGAUGUGGGAGCUGGGACUGGAAUUUUGUCCCUAUUUUGUGCAAAAGCUGGUGCACAGCAUGUGUAUGCGGUUGAGUGCUCAGACAUGGCCGACAUGGCAAAAGAGAUUGUUGAAGCAAACGGAUUUUCUAAUGUAAUAACAGUUCUGAAGGGAAAGAUUGAAGAACUUGAGCUUCCAGUCCCUAAAGUGGAUAUAAUUAUCUCAGAAUGGAUGGGAUAUUUUUUGUUGUUUGAGAAUAUGUUAAAUACAGUCCUCUAUGCUCGUGAUAAAUGGCUUGUAGACGAUGGAGUUUUACUACCAGACAAAGCUUCACUCUAUUUGACAGCUAUCGAGGAUGCAGAGUACAAAGAAGACAAGAUAGAAUUUUGGAACAACGUAUAUGGCUUUGACAUGAGCUGCAUCAAGAAGCAAGCCAUGAUGGAGCCCCUUGUGGACACAGUUGACCAAAAUCAAAUUGUUACAAAUAGCCAGCUACUCAAGACAAUGGAUAUAUCUAAGAUGACUCCCGGAGAUGCUUCCUUCACAGCACCUUUCAAGCUUGUUGCUGAACGUGAUGAUUUCAUUCAUGCUCUUGUAGCCUACUUUGAUGUGUCUUUUACAAAAUGCCAUAAAUUGAUGGGCUUCUCCACAGGGCCAAGAUCACGGUCUACUCAUUGGAAGCAAACAGUCCUGUACUUGGAAGAUGUGCUAACAGUAUGCCAAGGAGAAUCCAUUGUCGGAAGCAUGACUGUGGCACAAAACAAAAAGAAUCCCCGUGAUAUUGAUAUCAUGCUCAAGUAUUCAUUAAAUGGCCGACGAUGCACGGUAUCGAGGGUUCAAUAUUACAAAAUGCGCUAAGUUGAGUUAUGCUAUUGUUCCAUCGAGAAAGCAAUCCAUAAUUGCAACAACUCAGUGUUGUGGAUUGUUGUUGUUCAGCCUGUUCGAAUGUUGCCUCCCUUUAGGUUAUCUGUGCUAGAAGGAGGCAUCAUUGUAGCAUCUGUACUUUUAAUUAUUCAUUUCUUAAAAUUGUAAUGUCCAAAUUUUGAUGCUAAAAGGUUUGGAAUUUAUUUAUUUUAGUUGAUGAUUUGCAAUUCUAUAAA